AUUUUUUAAAACAUGUUUAAAGUGUAUUGGUUUUUAUUAUUAAAUGUGAUUUUGUUGCAAGGCAAGUUUGCUACCGGCAGUCCGGUUAGAAUGGGCUACGAGUACGUGCCAGAAGUGGACGCGUGGCUGCGCCUGCACAUCGAGCCUGCCAUCUGGCCCGACGCGCGCCUGCGCUGCCAUCUCGAAGGUGGCGCCCUGGCCUCCCCGACAACCAGCGCUAUGUCCAAUGCGAUGAUAGCAAUGUUGGCCGCCAAUAAGCUGACCAUGCGCCACGCGUAUAUAGGAGUACAUGCCUUCAUAUCCAAGGGAGAUUUCAUGAGCAUGGAUGGAAUUCCCAUGGCCAACCUCUCCGUCCGAUGGCGCGAAGGGGAGCCCAACAAUGUGAAAAACGAGGAAUACUGUGUGGUGUUAGACGGUGCAGGCGAGGCCAUCGACGUCUGCUGCAAUACCCCUCAACCUUACUUCUGCCGCAAGAAGAGCGAAAAGAUGAUUGUCAACAAGUGUGGCACUACAGCCGAAGGUUACAAAUUUGAGCCUCGCACUGGCAGCUGCUACAAGUUCCACCGCAUUUCGAGAACCUGGCACCGAGCCGCCAUGGCGUGCCAAGCAGAGGGGGGGCACCUGGCAGUCAUUAACAGCAACGAGGAAGCGCAAGUACUGAAGGAUAUCUUUGAGAAGAACCCUACUACUGAUAUAAAAGUUGGCAACCAGAAUGUGGCUGGUGUGGGCGUUUGGGAUUGGAAUGAACAUGGGGAAUGGUUGACAAUUUUUGGCGAGACACUAUCCGACGCCGGAUACGAUGGCUGGGGUCAGAACGAACCCAACAACGUUGGCGGCAUGGAGUACUGCGGCACGAUCUUUCGCGAUGGCCGCCUGGACGAUUUUCCGUGUGACAAGCUUAUCCCAUUUAUAUGCGAGAUCACACCGUCAUAG